AUGAGAUUGAGUAAGGUUAUGCAAGAUAUCGUGGGCUGUAGCCAAGCUGCAUUUGUUCCUGGACAACAAAUACACAACCAUAUACUGCUGGCGUAUGAGCUGAUAAAAGGGUAUAGUAGGCAGGGCGACACACCUAGAUGUAUGAUCCAAUUGGAUUUACAGAAGGCGUAUGAUAUGGUCGAUUUGCGAGCUUUAGAGUCCAUCCUGAAUGAGAUUGGUUUACCAACGAAAUUUGUUAAUUGGAUAAUGCUUGUUGUAUCCACGGUCUCUUACAGAUUCAAUGUCAACGGGAAUUACAGUAACAUUAUGAAGGCUCAAAGGGGGGUGAGGCAAGGGGAUCCCAUAUCCCCUUACCUGUUCGUGAUCAUUAUGGAAUAUCUUGAUAGGGUGCUGUAUAAGAUGCAAAGGAAUCCCGACUACAAUCAUCAUGCGAAAUGUGAGAAACUAAGUAUCACUCAUUUGACGUUUGCGGACGAUAUUUUGUUGUUUUCCAAGGGUGACACGAUAUCAGUUGAGAUCAUGAUGGAAGCCGUUAAUAAAUUUACAAAAUCCACGGGUUUGAUGCUCAACGCCACUAAAAGUCGCAUUUAUUUUGGUGGAGUGGAUAAUGGUACAAAAGCUGAAAUCUUGCAGAAAACAUUAUUUGCGGAAGGAUCACUCCCAUUCAAAUACUUCGGUGUUCCUCUCACAACAAAGCGACUCUCUAUUGAUCACUAUAUGAUGUUGAUUGAUAAAAUUGUGGAUAGGGAAAAGCACUGGAGCACGAGACUGCUAAGUUAUUCUGGGAAGGCAGAUAGUUUAUGGGUUCGUUGGGUUCAUACGUACUAUUUCAAAAACAAGAACGUGAUGGAGGAGAAUGUGAAACCAAAUAGUACUUGGAUAAUGAAAGUGAUUUUGAAUAACAGAGAAAAAGUGUCGUCUAUCCAAGGGGAGUGGGAAGACAUGAUGAUGAAAGAGAGAUUUUGUAUGACAGAUAUCUACAUGGAACUUAGGAAAAAGGAUGGUGAGGUUAUGCCUUGGAGGAAAUUGAUGUACUGCAAUGCAGCAAGACCUCAAGCAGUUAUGACCUUGUGGCUCACUUGCCACCAAAAGCUUGCAAUGAAAACUCGGCUUGUGAGAUAUGGAAUGGUUGCAAACAACACCUGUUGUUUCUGUGAUGCAGAAGAAACUACUGCCCACUUAUUUUUUGGUUGUGCCACUAUGAGAAAAGUGUGGAAAGAUAUUCUGGUGUGGAUCGGUUUUCAUCAUGAACCAGAUACCUGGGAUAGAGAAAUCAUUUGGUUACUCUGCUACGAAUCUGGCAAAGGGUGGAAGGCGACUUUACUAAGAUUGGCAUGUGAGGUGUUAAGCAUUCCUAUAACAAUUGUUGCUAGUGAAUUGGCAUUUAGCUUUGGUGCUCGUGUGCUAAACAAGUAUCGCGCUAGUCUUCUUCCUUCCAACGUUCAAGCACUAAUUUUAACCCAAAAUUGGAUAAAUGGUUUUGAAGAUAUUGAUGAAAUUAAUGGUGAUGCUGAGAAAGAAGAGGAAGUUGUUCUAGAUUUCACAGUCCAUGACUCUAAUGUUUAA